AUGUUUAGCUCACUUACAAAGCAAUUUGUUAAAACAAUCGGACAAUCAAGAAUAUGGUGUACAACCUCCAAGAACAUUUCUCAUAAAAAUUAUUCUGAUAUUUCUAAAGGAUCGAUGUGCAAAAGUUAUAAAAUUGUAAUGAUACGCCACGGAGAGAGCGAUUGGAAUAAAAAAAAUUUGUUCUGUGGUUGGUAUGAUGCCAGCCUGAGUUCAAAAGGCUUAGAAGAAGCUAUUUCGGCGGGGAAUACGCUAAAACAACGGUGCUACAAGUUUGAUGUCGCCCACACUUCCGUCUUGAAGAGGGCCCAAGACACUCUGUAUAACAUUCUACACAAAGUAGAUCCAGAAAAAAGUUGCACAGUGCACACAAAUUGGCGACUGAACGAGCGGCAUUAUGGAAGUCUGACCGGCCUCAAUAAGUCUGAAACGGCAAAGAAGUAUGGCGAAGACAAGGUCAAAAUGUGGAGGCGCAGUUUCGACAUCCCACCACCGCCAAUGGAGGUUGAUCACCCUCACUACCGUCACAUAAAAUACGACCCCCGUUACGUAGACGGUCCCUCCGAGAGUGAAUUCCCAACACACGAGUCAUUAAAAAUGACGAUACAAAGGACACUGCCAUACUGGGAUAACGUGAUCGUCCCUCAGAUCAAAAAUGGGUGUCGGAUUAUAAUAGCAGCUCAUGGAAACAGCCUCAGGGGCAUAAUAAAACAUUUAGAUAGUGAGUGA